AUGUCUCUCACCCUCAAGCUUUCCUCCCUUGCCAUCCGCACACUGUCAAAGCCGAUAGCCAAUCAAAUCAAGGCACAGGCUCGCGAACAUGAACGCUUCAAACAGGUCUGCGUCUCCAUUGCCCAGACUCUUCACCGCGUCGAUAUGCGGCUCCGUCUCGGAACGAUACGUGACAAUGCCGCUUCUCAACGCCAGGCUGCUGCUGAGGCGGCCGUCCGAAAGCACAAGCCGACCUCUCCAACCGUGAAGACACAGGCGGAGACAAAGGCGGAGGAAGAAGCAAUCGCAAAAGCCAAAGUGGCCGCGGAUGCGGCCUCCAACCCACCCCCCGCACCCCACAUUCGACCACUGUCGGAGUCGAAAGCAAUCGAAUCUGGUGCCACAUUCAUCAGUGAAUCAUUUCUGUUCCUCGUUGCGGGCGGUCUCAUUGUGUUCGAGUCGUGGAGAUCGCGGAGGAAGGAGACAACGCGGAGAGAGGAUAUUGCUGCGCGCUUGGGAGAGCUGGAGCAGUCGGAAAAGACGGCGCGAGAGGCCCUCAUCGCCCUUGAGAAGGAGCUGCUACAGCUCAAGGCUAAGCAUGGCGAGCUCCCGAAAUCGUCCCGUCGAAUCCUUCCUCGAGAGGUCUGGGAUGUGGAAUCGGAACCCGUGCAAGAACCUGAACAGCAGAGUUGGCUCUCGACGAUCACGUCCUAUUUCUCGUUUGGACAGAGUCCCGAACAACAGGUGGAAAAGGUCAUCCAGGACAGCCGUAUUGAGGCAUCCAAGACUCCUAUGGAUACUAAACCCCACACUCCAACUAGCCCAGGGAGCAAUCAGUCGACCACGUCAGAAUUAAGAACAACCUAA